GUGAUUAGACAGAAAUAUCACGUGGCUGAUAUCGUCAUACCCGGCAGAAUGACAUGUUUAUUUUUGCUAACAUUUCAGUCCGUCAGGUGAAGUAUUUCAGCCGUGGAUCCACUGCUGUUUUGACAAGUGAACCAACAGCAUCAAUGUGUCUUCAGCUAUCUUAAUGCAAAGUGGACUCAAACGCUGGCUGGACCACAAUGGCGUCCUACUUUGACGAACACAACUGCGAGCCCACCAACCCGGAGGAGCAGUAUCGUCAGAAUGCACUACUUGAACUGGCCAGGUCUUUGAUGCAGGGCUUGGACUUGAUUGAUUCCGGGGCGUUCGACUUGUCCGACUGGGACCACCGCCUUCCUCCGCCGGCCGCCAAAACCGCUGUCCAGACCCUUACUGUGGUCAUCAUUUCUCCAGAGCAAGCAGAUAAAGGUCUCAAGUGUCCGGUGUGUUUGCUGGAGUUUGAGGAGGAAGAGACAGUUCGAGAAAUGCCUUGCAAGCAUCUAUUCCACUCUGGAUGCAUUCUGCCCUGGUUGGGCAAGACCAACUCCUGUCCGCUGUGCCGGCUUGAAUUACCAACUGACAAUCAAGAGUAUGAGGAGUUUAAAAAAGACAAGGAGAGAAGAAAACAGAGGGAGCACAGGCUGGAAGACCUACAUGGAAGCAUGUACACAUGACUUCACGGUGUCGUGGUCCACCAGUGGCACAGGGACAUUUUACAGGAAAUUAUGAGAGUUUUAAGUAAUUGCAAAAUGCUGCAUUCCGGGCCAUUUCAAGCGUGCAGAUGGAAAAUCUCAUGUAGGCCUCAUAUCUGUAGUAAUGAUCAGAAGUAUAACAGACAAUUGUCCGGUUCUUUACAUUAAUUUGAAAUGGCAUGCAUGCCUAAUGUUCUUUUUCUAUGUAGUUAGGACAAAUAUAUUUUAAGACAAGUAUGCAGUUAAAAGCUGCCUUGAAGCAUUUUUUAAUUCCUUUUUGAUUUAAAUCCACACCCUUUAAACACAAAAAACAUCUGCCGGGCUGUAUUUGUCAAAUUAAUUUGGUUUGUUUGAACAAAGGAAUACGUUUUAAUCACUCGACCUCUUUUUUUCCCCACAAAAAUAAUCUAUAAAACUUGAAUUUUAUUUUUAACAUGCACUCAAGGAAUGGAAUAUGAAUAGUACAAGCUUGCAUAUAUUCCAUCAUUUAUGUCAGACCAUCCUUCAGGUAGAUGCUCACACCUUUAGAAAUGCGUAAAUAUGUGGUCUUCAAAGUUCAAACCCUGCAGGCGGCGUACAACUAUUUCCACUGGCUGAGUCGUAGCCGUCCUCAUGCUGCGUGAACUUCCCUUUCCCCUUUAACUUCUCCCAUUGAUAUUUGAGGAGGCAACUUCUUCUUCUUGUUCUGGCCCAGACAGAGGAGCAAUUAAUAACAGAACCAGUGCUCUGUGGAGGGUUUUUGAUGUUUCUACAUCACAUGGUCAGACCCAAUAUUGAACCUGCCACCUUGAUUACUCAAUUUAGGUGGGAUUACAGCCAGCAGUGUAUGUAUAGAUGCAUGUUAGCCAUUCUUGAUGUCGAUUGCCAAAAGUCAUUUCUAUUUGUGUUUCAAAUAAAUAGACCAAUAUUUAUAUAUGCAGCACCAGUCACAAGUUAGACACACUGUCUCGUUUGAUUUGAAUGAUAAAAUGUGUCUAAACGUCUAACUGGUACUGCAUUUAUAUUUUAUUUUAUAACAACCUUCCAAAGACUUUUAACCCCAGCUUUAUUAACUGAAGAUACCAAUACUAUUCCACGCGGUCAAUAAUACAAGUACUCUAUGACCAUGAUGUCAUUUUGCAUUUCUGUUUUAAGCAGCAAUCUACUGAUCAAUUUGUUGUUCAUGAGGAAACCGAGGUAUAUUUCUGCAAAAUCUCAAAUAAUUCAUAAUAUUUGAAUAAAAAUGUCAAACGAAAAUACUUAAAUGAUAGACUAAUCUAACAUUUACAGAAUAUAUUAAAGGAGAGAAAUCA